UGCGGAUGGCGCUGAAGUCGAGGUCAGUGCAGGUGGAGGGUUAAGUAACCGCUGCUGCAGCUGCGCAAAACUGUCCAUCCGGAGCUAUUUCAUUCUAGCGAGGAAACCUUACUGCAACUGCCAACAUGCCUAAAUGCCCCAAGUGCAGCAAGGAAGUGUACUUUGCCGAGAGGGUGACAUCUCUGGGUAAGGACUGGCACAGACCCUGUCUGAAGUGUGAGAAAUGCAAUAAAACCCUCUCUGCAGGUUCGCAUGCAGAGCAUGAGGGAAAGCCGUACUGUAACAAUCCAUGUUACUCUGCACUCUUCGGACCCAAAGGGUUUGGACGUGGAGGCACUGAGAGCCACACAUUCAAAUAAACCCACACUUGGGUGUUGGCUUUAGGUUUCCUCCCUCUACUAGCUGGCAGGGGAAAGUAGGACGCCAUGCCUCAAGUGUUUUUAUCUAUAUAUAGCUCAACCAAAGAAAAAAAGGUGACCAAGCCAUGGCCAACUGUGUGGUGAUUCCUGAGAUCUAGAUUACGUCUGAAUUUAGACUAAAAUGUUUUUUCACUGAAAAUUCUCCACUGGCAUUACAUUUUAGUCCAAACCCAGGCUUAAUGCAGUGUCAGAAUUGAAGCCCAGUAGGUUUUAGUUUGGUGAAUGUAAUGUAGUUUGAUAUACAUAAAACCAUGUAAUGAUGUUUGGGAUAGUUCUGAGGCACUAUACAAAAUCGCUUUUGUAAUUAAACAUUGAGUUGUUAACA